AUGGACGGCAACCCUUUCCGCCGUCAUCAUGGCCACAGCCGGCGGGGUGCAUUUCCCUUCGAUCCACAACCUUUGGAAGUAAACGACGAUUUCUCCGCUCCCUGGCCCCCCGCUCCCGUCAGCGCCAUCGCCAACGUUUCCCCGGCUGCCGCCUCCGCGGCUGUUUCCAUCUCCCACUUCCUCCCCACUCACUUCAACCCCCCGGAUGCUUCCGCCUUCGGCGCAACCGGUGGCUCCCCCGCGGACCGUUCCGCGGCAGCCGCGCAGCCCUUUCUGCGCAAUGAGGCGCAGCUUUCCGCGCCUUCCGCGCCUCCUGCGCCUUCCGCGCCAUCUCCCGCAGCUGCGCUUGAGUUCGCGUUGCUAGAAUCGCAGCUGCUGUCCGCAGAGCAGGUGCAGCAGCAGCAGCAGCAGCAGCAGCAGCAGCAGCAGCAGCAGCAGCAGUACCAGCAGCAGCAGGUGGUGGAGCAACAGCAGCAGCAACAGCAACAACAGCAGCAGCUUGAUCAGCCGUAUUUCCUCGAGUUCAUGCAGCAGCAGGAGCCGCAGGAUCAGCAGCAACAGCAGGGAGCGCAGGAACAGCAUGAGCAGCAGGAGUUGCAGCAAAGUUCAUACUACAACCAGCAGCAGGAGAAUCAGUUGCAGCCGCAGCAGCAACAGCAGCAGCAGCGGCGGCGGCACGACGAGGAGGCGGAGGAGGAGGAAGAGGAGGAGGAAGAAGACGAGGAGGUGGAGGAGGAGGACGAGGCUGAAGAAGAGUAUGAGGAAGAGGAGCAGCAGCACGAGCUGCAGGGGUUUUCCAGUGAGGGUGGUCUUCCCGCCGAGCCUCCUGCAGCUUCGGCAGAAGCAGGUUUGGGACUUGUAGGUUCGGAGGCAGCGGACCUGUCACUUGUGGGCUCGGCAGUAGCAGGUUUGGAACUUGUAGGUUCGGCAGUGGCAGGCUUGGCAUCGGACGGAGCAGACGCAUUCGAUUUGGAUGCGGUUGAGGUGGCUCGGUUGGGGGGAGAUGAAGCCGAGGAGGAGGGUGGAGAGGGAGAAAGGGAAGGAGAUGGGGAAACUGGAGGGGUGGUGGGUGGGAGAGAGAGCAGGAAGAGGCGGCUGGAGGACUUAGGCCAGACGGAAGGAGAGGAGGAAGGGGGAGUUGAAGGUGAUGUAGAGGAGGGGGAGGAGGAAGAAGGGAGAGAGGGGAGAUCGGGAAAGUUGAAGAAAGGAGGGGAACACAAGGAGGGAGAAGGGGAUGGAGAGGAAGGAAAGGAAGGCGAUGGAGUGAACAAGGGCAUCGCCCUGCUUUACCCAUCCAUCCCCACGACUCCCUCACCUCUCCUCUGCUCCGAAGCUGAAUUCCAAGAGCUCUUAACCUGCAUCCAGAGCUCCUCUAACGAGGAUGCCAUUGCCAUGGUGCUCCUGCUGCUGCUGGAAGAGCAACGCGCCACCAAAGAAACCUCUUUCUUCCUGAAGCGCCUGCGAGUGAUUCGCUCGGAGUACCUGCUACGCCACCACUCCCUCGUGAGAUCUAUUGAGCUAAACCUCCAUCGGGACAUCGCAGACAACAACGCGAUCCGCCAGCAGGAGAUCCAACGGCUGAGACGCGUCUGCAUGGCCGGCAUGACAGCUGGCGCCACGCUCUCGCAGGACCAGAUCGUUUACCGGCGGCUGUGGACGCGGCCGCGCUCCCGCGCGUGGUGGGAGGAGUGUAUUGACCCGAAUUACCCUCCGGAAACGUUCCGAAAGACGUUUAGGAUGAGCCGGGAGACGUUCAUGGAGCUCUGUGACAUUCUGGGGCCGCUGAUUGUGAAACGAUCAACCAGAAUCAGGGAGGCGAUACCUGUAGACAUCAGGAUUGGAGCGUCGCUCUGGCGCCUGGCCACAGCCGAGCCUCUCCAUUUGAUCUCCAGGAGGUUCGGGCUCGGCCAGACCACCGUGCAUUUCGUCUCGAAUGACGUUCUUAAGGCGCUGAACGAAGUUGUUCUGCCCAAGGUGGUUGUCUGGCCUGAGCCGGGCAGCACCCGGGCAGCUGAAAUUUCUUCCCAGUUUCUGGACCUGUGCGGGCUGGAUCACGCUUCGUCUGUGGCGCAGCAGCUGGGAAACGGGAAGCUGAUUGCAACUCUCUACACAACGCACCUGCCCAUCAACACGCCACGGUCCAACCUUGCAAAAUACCACAACAAGCAGCACACCGAGCGUUUCGCCCGCCCUUCUUACUCUAUAGCCAUGCAGACGGCCAUCGAUGCCAACGGGCAGUUUUUAGACCUUUGCAUCGGGCUGCCUGGCGCGCUUUCUGACGAGGAGGUUUUGCAGCAGUCGACCCUCCACCAGAAAGGACAAGCCGGAGAGCUCCAGGGAGUUAAGGUCAUUGGGUUACGGUCGUACCCGCUUCUGGAUUGGCUGCUGGUUCCGUACGCCCAAUCAGACAGCGCCACGUGGUACCAGACGACCUUCAAUGAGUGCAUAGAGAAGGGGACUGCGGUGGGGAAGGACGCUAUUGGCCGGCUGAAGGGACGGUGGCGGAUUCUGCUGAGGCGGGCUGAGGGGAAGCUGCAUGAGCUGCCGCGGUUGGUGGGGGCGUGCUGUGCGCUGCACAACUUUUUGGAGCAGAAGGGAGAGGCGUUUGACCCUGACUGGGCGUAUGAAGCAUUUGAUGACUUUGUGCCCGCCAAGAGAGCCGAUGAGGAGUCCCCUGCUGCCGUGGCGGAGAGGGAUGCGCUGGCCCAGGGGAUGUUCCAGGCCGUGCAUGGGUGGGAGGGGGACGCUGCCAAUGCGCUGUGA